GCGGGAAUUCUGAGUUGCCUCAGAAGAACGUCGCGACAGCCAGGCGGAUACCUCAGAAAACAACCAAAUAUGGUGCCAUCUGGAAGAAAGCAUACAGGGAAAUCUGGGAAGACAUCAGUGGAGAAUCAGGUGGUAAGAGCCUAUGACUUUGAGAAAGAAGAUAAAAAGGAUCUGAGUGGUUCAGAGGAGGAUGUCACUGAAGGGAAGACUCCGGUAACUGAUAAGCACGGGAAGAAAAGGACUUCUGCAGGAAUAUUUGAAGAUAUGGGGGGUGAAGUACAAAAUAUGCUGGAAAGAUUUGGAGCUGACAUUAACAAGGCUCUCCUUGCCAAGAGAAAAAGACUAGAAAUGUAUACCAAGGCUUCUCUCAAGACUAGUAACCAGAAAAUUGAACAUGUUUGGAAAACCCAACAAGAACAAAGGCAGAAGCUUAAUCAAGAGUAUUCUCAGCAAUUUCUGGCUUUGUUUCAUCAGUGGGAUAUAGAUGUGCAGAAAGCUGAGGAACAAGAAGAAAAACUAGCUAACCUGUUUCGACAGCAACAAAAGGCUUUUCAACAAUCUAGAAUUGUUCAGAACCAGAGACUGAAAACAAUUAGACAGUUAUAUGAGCAGUUCAUAAAGAGUAUGGAGGACUUGGAAAAGAAUCAUGAUAAUCUACUUACGGGCGCACAAAAUGAACUUAGAAAAGAAAUGGCUAUGUUGCAAAAAAAAAUUAUGAUGGAAACUCAGCAGCAAGAGAUGGCAAGUGUUCGAAAGUCUCUUCAAUCCAUGUUAUUCUGA